AUGGCGCUCUUCCUGCUCGUGUUGCUGUCCGCGCCGCUCGUCGUCGCCCAACGCCGCCGUCAGCUCAACGAUGAGUCGCCCGCACUGAGCACGGGCGUCGUGGUUGGCGUCUCUGUCGCGGGAACGGCGCUCCUCGCAGCGAUCGGCUUUUGCUGGUUUGCGCGGUACCGCCGCCGGCAAGAAACGGCGUUCAAGGAGGACCUCAUCAUCACGGCACAGCAGCGUCUCUACCCGGCGCGCCGCCUGCCGACGCAAGAGAUAGCCGAGAGCCUGCACCACAGCGGGAGUGCGCUCGCAACCAUGAGUAGUGCGACGCUCGACUAUGGCGACUUGGACCUCCUCCGCAUUGCGGCAGCGGACGUGGUGGCGACGCGCAAAUUGGCGUCCGGGGCGUACGGCGAGAUCUUCCUCGGCGAGUACGACGGCAAGCCCGUGGCCAUCAAGACGCUGUUGACCGGCCACAGCAACCGCGCCGGGAUCCAGAGCUUCAUUGACGAAAUCAACCUUCUCGGACGGCUGGACUCGCCGUACAUUGUGUCGCUAAUCGGAGCUGCGUGGACGCGCGCCACGAACCUCCAGUGCGUCCUCGAGUUCAUGGACCUCGGCGACUUGAAGGAGUUUUUGGCCAAGACGCCGUCGACGCACUUCCCGUGGCAGUCCAAGCUCGAGUGUGCGCGCAACAUCGCCGAAGGUCUCGUUUACCUCCACUCGUUGAGGGUCAUCCACCGCGACCUCAAGUCCCGCAACGUGCUCCUCGACUCGGUCAAGGGCACCAAGCUCACGGACUUUGGCAGCUCGCGCGAGGCGACGACCGAGACCAUGACGGUUGGCGUCGGCACGUACCGCUGGAUGGCGCCCGAGAUCCUCAAGUACAACCAGUACACGGUCGCUGCCGACGUCUACUCGUUCGGAAUCAUUCUCUCAGAGCUCAACACACACGUGGUGCCGUAUAGCGACCGCACCAACGACCGCGGCCAAGGGCUCGUGGACACGGCGAUCAUGAGUAUGGUCAUCAACGACGAGAUCCGGCCGACGUUCACGCCCGAAUGCCCCGAUUGGUUCCGCGAGCUCGCGCUGCAGUGCUUGGUCCACGACCCGACGGGUCGCCCCACCAUGAUGGAACUAUUGUUGUCAAUUGGUACGCUAACUUCGAUCGAAGUACCCAGCGCCUCGGUGUCACACGGGUGUCCCCGCUGGCCUUGCCGGAAGCAUGCCAUUCCCGAGAUGCUUGGUCAGGUGCUGCGCAGCCUCGCCGUCGCCGCCGUCGCGUCCGCGGCCCAGGUCAGUCUCUACCGCGGCGCCAACUACACGGGCGCGACGCUCGCCUUUCCGAUUGUCUGGUCGGGCAACCUCCACGAGGACUGGGCCGUCGGCUUUGCCUCCCUGCGCAUCCCGGGUGGCGUCGAGGUUAUUGGCUACGAGCACGAUAGCUUCGCCGGCGCGAGCGCCAUUUGGUCGACCGACAUGCCCGACAUGGGCAACUGGACCGACGACGUGUCCGCGCUCGUUAUCCAGCCCGCGGGCAUGGGCCGGCCGCAAUGGCCGCCGCCUCUGAUGCCGCCGCCGACCGUCGCGAGCGAAGAUGCCGCGGGUGCGAACGUCGUCAUCAUCGACAACAGUGCCGGCAACAUUGAGCUCAUCGUCGGCGUCUCGGUCGGGUGCACGGCGGCGGUGGCGUUCGUUGUCUUUUACGUGAUUCUCAAGCGCAACAAGCAGCGCGAGCGGACCUUCAAGGAGGCGUUCUUGACAAGUCCAAGCCACGAGCCGUCGAAUCGCGCCAACACGGGCGCGUCGUCUCCAUCCGCGACCGCCGGGUUGCGGUGGGGCGAGCUCGACGUGCUGCGCAUCGACGCCGACACCGUGGUCACGAAUUCGGUGAUCGCGUCCGGUGCGUACGGGCAAGUGGCGCUGGGCACGUACCGCAACCAAGUCGUUGCCGUCAAGACGCUCUUGCCCACAAAGAACACGCGGGCCGACAUUCAGAGCUUCAUUGACGAGAUUAACCUCAUGGGCAGCUUUCAAUGCCCGUAUGUUGUCGAGCUUAUCGGUGUGGCGUGGACGCGGCCAUCGAGCCUCCAGUGCGUGCUCGAGUAUAUGGACAUGGGCGACCUGAAAGACCACUUGGCCGAGACGACGCCGGCCAGCUACGCGUGGUCGGCCAAGCUACGCGUCGCCCAGAGCAUCGCCGAAGGCCUCGCGUACCUCCACUCGAUGCAGAUCAUCCACCGCGACCUCAAGUCCCGCAACGUGCUCCUCGACUCGGUCAAGGGCACCAAGCUCACGGACUUUGGCAUUUCGCGCGAAGACACGCAAGAAACCAUGACGAUCGGCGUUGGCACGUACCGCUGGAUGGCGCCCGAGAUCCUCAAGGAAAACCUGUACACUGUCGCAGUGGACAUCUACUCGUUCGGCAUGAUCCUCUCGGAGCUCGAUACGCACCACAUUCCGUACGCCGACCUCACGAGCGCGAAAGGGAAGCCUCUCGUCGACACGGCUAUUAUGGGCAUGGUCAUCCAAGGCACGAUUUCGCCGAGCUUCCGGCCUGACUGCCCUUCGUGGCUCCACGCACUGGCGCUGCGCUGCAUUGCGUCGAGCCCGGACGACCGGCCAUCGGCGCUUGAGCUUGCGCACACCAUCAAGCAGCAUGCGACUGCAUAGGUUUUGCAAAUAAGUAGAAAAUGAAUGUUUCAAGUAUCAUCGUUGCA